UAGCCCUCGAACGGAGCCGAGGCAAGGCGGGAAAACUUCGCGCGGGGGCUCCCAACUGACACACCAGCCGAGCCUGAAACUGACAGCCAGCCUCUCUCAGGGUUUAAAUGGGCUGAGCCUGAGGAGAAAAGCGCCCCGAGUUCACUGAAAGCGCACCCGCGGCGCAAAGGCUUCCGAAGGCUGCUGUGGGGAGGGGGGUUGCUCCCUGAAGGACCCGAGUGGCGGGUCUGGUUCGCCUGAGGGGGGAUUCAUCCCGCAGGCGAAGAAGGGAAGAGCAGAAAUUUGCCCUUCUGGGGCGGACAGCGCGCGCCAGGCGACAGACUUCGCGGGAGGGGGACCGACUCUUCCAAGUGGGGCUCUCCCGCUCGCCGCCAGCAGGGGCGGACGCCGCCCACCCCCUUUCCCGGUGCCUCUGCAGACAGGCCGGGCAUCUACACCACCAGCGCCUGAUUUCUCCCCAGGCGCCAGCCUAGCGGUUCUCUCUCUCUCUCCUGUGUAUCUCUUCUCCCCCCCCCUCCCCAACAACAACCCGAGGGCUGCCCGGCCACAUCUCUUGGGGCGCGUCCGGCGCGCUCGGAGGUGGGAGGGGGUCGAGAAGUCCGCGGCAGCCCCCGCGGGCGUGCGGCCGCUUUUCGCAAGGCGGGCGAAGACCCCAUGCGAGCGCCGGGCUGCGAGCGCAGCAGCAGCGACCCCUGCAGCCCGCCCCGUCGCCGUCGGACGAGCGUCCUCCUCAGUCGUCCUUCUCCGCCGCCUCGGAAACCUCCUCCCAUCCCGAAGUGGCUCCGCCGUGGUGGUGGCGGUGGCGCGGCGGCGGCGGCGGCGCUGCCUGCGACGACGCUUCCUCUCCUGCUGGCCCGGACGAUCCCGAGAGCGGCGCUGCUGGCGCGGGAACUCCUGCUCUCGGCUCCUUAGCGGCCGGGCAGGCGGCGGUGGCUGCUGCUGCUGCUACUAUUCCUUCUUCUCCUCCUCCUGCUGCUGCUGCUCAGUUGCCGCCGCCGCCACCGCCGGAGCCGCGGAGCCCUAAAGCCGUCCUCUGCAGGAGGAUGGUGCGUCUAGCGGCCGAGCUGCUGCUGCUGCUGGGGCUCCUCCUGCUUACCUUGCACAUCACGGUGCUGCGAAGCAGCGAUCCCGAAGCGCCGCCGGGCAACCACAGCCAGCGUCAGCAGGAAAUCCUCCACACAGAGAGCCUUUCAUCUCUUGAAAGCAGCUUCACAUUAGACCCAGAAGAUCAACAGAAUUACCCUGGUCACCAGGCAGCACACAGGUCAUUGGCCAAGCAGCGAUUCAGGCAGCAGAAUGGGCAUACAUCCUUGCAAGAUGGACCCAGAUCUUUCCUUUUCGAUCUUCCAAAUUUUCCUGACUUCUCAAAGGCAGAUAUCAAUGGGCAAAACCCUAACAUCCAGGUGACUAUAGAGGUUGUUGAUGGAACAGAGUCUGAAUCGGAGAAAGGUCUUCAAAGAGAAAGUAGCAAAACCAGCUGGCCUGUCCUGUCCCCAAACUGGAGAAACUGGUGGCAAAGAUCCGCACCUUCUAUCACUCGCAUGAGUAGUGGUGACCAGGAUUACAAAUACGAUAGCACGACUGAAGACAGCAACUUCCUAAAUCCUUUGAAUGGCGGGUGGGAGAGGCAUCCAUCAAGUCAUCGAAUGUUUGAAUCAAAGGAGCAGCCCGAAUAUGAUUACAUAGAGGGAGAAGGAGACUGGAGCCUGUGGUCAGUUUGUAGUACAACCUGUGGAAGUGGCAAUCAGAAACGCACCAGGACCUGUGGAUAUGCCUGCACAGCCACUGAAUCAAGGACAUGUGACCGACCAAACUGCCCAGGUCUCGAGGACACAUUCAGAACAGCAGCCACAGAAAUGAGCUUACUCGCAGGAAGCGAAGAAUUCAAUGCCACAAAGCUCUUUGAAGUUGCUACAGAUAGCUGUGAGAGGUGGAUGAGUUGCAAGAGUGAAUUCUUAAAGAAGUACAUGCACAAAGUAGUCAAUGAUCUUCCUGCUUGUCCUUGCACGUACCCCACUGAAGUAGCUUAUAGCACUGCAGAGAUCUACGACCGUCUGAAAAGGAAGAACUUUCGCUGGAAAGAUGCAAGUGGGCCAAAAGAAAAACUGGAUAUCUAUAAGCCCAGUGCCCGCUACUGCAUCCGCUCCAUGCUGUCCUUGCAGAGUACCACCUUGGCAGCACAGCACUGCUGCUAUGAUGACAGCAUGCAGCUGAUUACCCGAGGGAAAGGGGCUGGCACCCCCAACCUCAUCAGCAUUGAAUUCUCUGCAGAACUUCAUUACAAGGUGGAUGUUUUGCCUUGGAUCAUUUGCAAAGGGGACUGGAGUAGGUACAAUGAAGCCCGGCCACCUAACAAUGGUCAGAAAUGUACAGAAAAUCCUUCGGAGGAGGACUAUUACAAACAAUUUCAGGAAGCAAGAGAGUACUGAAGACGAGUGUGGGAGGAGCUGAUUUAUUUGAAAAUUUCAAAAAGAUGGGUGGUGGCGAGAAGGACACUCCAGUGAACGAACCUUUGAAAAUGGGAUUUAUCUCCCCACUCACUGUACAUAGUUGUACAAAAUAUACAAUUUUUCUAAAAUAUUUUAUUUAUGUUUGCAUGUAGAUACAGCAUAUAGUCCCCUUUGCCUUUGCACACAUGAAAGUGUCUCAACUUUUUCAUAGUGAUACGCAUUCUGCUUCCUUUAAGAUGAGCUUACACUCAUAUAUUACCUGUAGUUAAAAGUGAGUAUCAUUGGAUUUCACAUGAAAAGAAAAUUGCUUCUCAAUGUCUCAGCCGUUCAGAAUAAAUGUUUGCUAUUAGAAAGAUCUACACAUAUUAAAAUUUCCUUUUAGUAUUGAAAUGUGGUUUCUAAGAAUGCAUCUGUGGAUAACAUUUUGGCUCGCUAAGAAAAUAGUGACCAGAUUCAUUGCAGAUGUGAUGAAAGUUAACUUCAAAUCAAAUUGUUCCUUUGCUUUGCAUCAAAAGGCUGAACCUUGUGGCUGACUUUCAGAGAAAUCCUGGGCUGGAGCAUCUUGACAUUGGAGGCUUUGACUAUUGCAAAAUCCUCCCAGCAUCAGCAUGAGAUUAGCAGGACCAAAAUAUGAAAGGAGUAGCUAUUAUUGCUACUGGUAUUAUUAUUGUUGUUCCUAUCUAUUGGAAGCACUAGGAGGAAGACUUCUUUAUAGAGCUGUGUAAUUUUUCUCACAAUUGUAUGAGGACCGAAAGCAUUGUGGACCCUUUGUAUUCUCAGCCCCUACUAGCCUGCUGCCACACACACCCUUAUGAGCCUUUUCCCAUGUGGUUUUCUGACAUCAGAAACAACAGAAAGGUUGGUGGAGUGAUGGAAACAAGGUUCCAGUGUCAAACUCUGACAUUACAAUUCUGUCUCUAAGCCUGGAGGCAAAGAAAAAAGACAAACCCUCCCCACUCUGCUCAGUCCAGUCCAAACAAUUGCAGUUUCCCAUUACUAGACUAGACUAGAAUAGCAGAGUUGGAAGGACCUUGGAGGUCUUCUAGUCCAACCCC